GCACGGCUCUCCUACCAGUAGAGCGGAUUAGAAAAUUCGUGCCAGCGAAUCUCUGUGAGCACGAUGAAGAGCUCCUGGUGAUUUUUCUGACUUCUCGGCGACGGAGCUCUCAAGAAAGAUGAUCGCCUGCGCGUUGUCGGGCGGAGUGGAUUCCGCGGUUAGUCUUCAUCUAUUACUGAAGCGAUUCCCACGUCGACUCGUGAAAGCCGUAUUCAUGAGGAACUGGAACGAAGGCGGCGAUAUUCAAUGCCCGCUCUCCGAGGACCUCAGCAGCGCUCAAGCUGUCGCCGAACAUUUCGAUGUGGAAAUCACGACAGUGGAUCUAUCCAAAGCAUAUUGGCUCAACGUCUUCGAACCGAUGCUGCAGGAGUAUACGAGCGGUCUGACUCCGAACCCGGACGUUCUUUGCAAUAGGCACAUAAAGUUCGGUCGUUUGCUCGAUUUCUGCCAGAAUGCUCUCGGAGCCGAGAAACUCGCGACAGGGCAUUACGCGCGAACUCGAACAUGCGAAUAUGACAAAACCACCCAUUUGCUCAGGGGUAAAGACCUCGUAAAGGACCAGACGUUCUUUCUCGCUGGGAUUCACCGUAGCGCACUGCAAUUCGCAGAAUUCCCGAUCGGUGAGUUCUCGAAGCCGCAAGUGAAACGAAUGGCCGUAGAUAUGGGCCUACCGGAGCUGGCAGCUAGGAAGGAGUCCAUGGGAAUAUGUUUCAUAGGAAAGAGGGAUUUCAAAGGAUUCAUUGAUCAAUACGCUGAGGCGCGACCGGGGAACUUCAUUGACAUGGAUACCGGCCGAGUCGUUGGUGAGCACAAAGGCAAGCACAUGUGGACCUUGGGUCAGAGAGCCCUCCUGAGGAAUAGUCCGGCUCGCUACUUCAUCUCGAGAACAUCGGAAGGCAACGACAUCUUCGUAUGCGCUGGUCACGAUCAUCCCAGUCUUUUCGCUGAUUCCGUGAGAACGUUCACGCCUCACUGGAUCAAUCCGUCCUUCGAGGGCUGGACCGGAAACUUGACAUUUAAGAGUCAAAACAAAGAGCCUGUUGCCAGCUGCAAAAUAGUUGAGAAUACCGAGAAGGGUUUGAGUAUGAGGUUGGGACACUUCAAGCGAGCCGUGGCUCCAGGCCAGUAUAUCGCCCUCUAUGACGGUGAAGAGUGCGUCGGGUCGGCAAAGGUCCGAUGGAGUGGUGCCUCAAUAGAUUUGAGCGCUCAUGAUCACUCUGAUAUGGGGCGCACACUUUCGGGUCGUCGUUCAGAACGAGAUAUGUUAAGAGCUCUUGUGUAG